AUGCUGGUUUCCAAUAAUUCAUAUGGUCCCCAACCUUUUAUUCUUAAUGGAAUUCCUGGUCUAGAAAGAGUACACGUAUGGAUCUCCCUUCCAUUCUGCACAAUGCAUAUCAUCUCUCUUGUGGGAAACCUUGGCCUUGUGUACCUCAUUCAUCAUGAGGAGUCCUUAUAUCCCACAGUGUAUUUCUUUCUGGCCAUGCUGUCCCUCACUGACCUCAUUACCUGCACCACUACACUACCCAAUGCACUCUGCAUCUUCUGGUUCAAUUUCAAGGAAAUUAACGUCAACACUUGCUUAGUCCAGAGGUUCUUUGUUCAUGGCCUCACAGGUGUGGAGUCUGGUGUGCUCAUGCUCAUUGCUCUGGACCACUGUGUGGCCAUUUGCUACCCAUUGCAUUAUGCUACCAUACUCACUAACCCUAUCAUUGCCAAAGCUGCACUUACCACCUUCCUGAGGGGUGUGUUGCUGAUGAUUCCUUUCCCAUUCUUGGUCAAGCAUUUGCCCUUCUGCCAAAGUAAUAUUAUCUCCCAUACAUAUUGCGACCUCAUCUCAGUGGUGAAGUUGUCCUGUGCCAGCAUCAGGAUCAAUGUCAUCUAUGGUCUGAUGGUUGCCCUCCUGAUUGGAGUGUUUGACAUCUGCUGUAUAUCUGUGUCUUACACUAUGAUCCUUCAGACUGUGGUAAGCCUUUCAUCAGCAGAUGCUCGGCAGAAGGCCUUCAGCUGCUGCACUGCCCAUAUAUCUGCCGUCAUCAUCACCUAUGUUCCAGCAUUCUUCACUUUCUUUACCCACUGUUUUGGGGGACAGACCAUUCCCCCCUCUCUCCAAAUCAUUGUGGCUAACCUUUAUCUUCUACUUCCCCCAGCUCUCAACCCCAUCUUUUAUGGGAUAAAGACUAGCAUCAGAGACAGUGUCAUAAAGCUCUUCCAGGGUGAGAAAUGUACACGUAUGCAGGACAAUUGA